AUGAGUAAAAAAAAAUAUUUUAAACUUACUGCUAACGCUAAAUGGCAUAAUACUAUAUAUAGGAAAUAUUAUCAAGCUUUUAAAUUAUAUGAUAAUAAAGGUGAUGAACAUAUUCCAGUUGAAGCAUUGGGAGACUUAUUGCGUGCUUUAGACCAAAAUCCGACACAGGAGGAAGUGAAUCAACUUAUGAAAUCUUCUGGAAGUAAAAUUGAUUUUAAGAAAUUCCUCGAAAUUCUUGGACGUCCAGGUGGAUUUUCACCAGCUGGUACAUAUGAAGAAUUUAUUGAAGGUUUUCAAGUUUUCGAUAAAGAUAGAACAGGAUAUAUAUCUGCGUCUGAAUUGAGAUAUGUGUUGACAAAUUUAGGUGAAAAAUUAUCUGAUGCUGAAGUAGAUGAAUUGAUGAGUACUAUCGACAUUGACGAAAAUGGGAAUCUUAAAUAUGAAGUACGAAUAAAUUAUUUAUUUCCUUAA